CAGACGCUCUCUCAGGCCCCCCUUCCCACGCCCAGUGCGCUGUGGGAUAGUGGCACUAUAAAGUAUAUCCUCUCUCGGAGAAAGAUAAGAAGCCCGAGACAGGAGGGGAUGAAGAUGGCGGACGCCAAGCAAAAAAGGAACGAACAGUUGAAACGGUGGUUAGGAUCGGAGACAGACAUCGAGCCUCCUAUUCUGAAAAAGAAGAAGACGAAGGUGAAGUUCGACGAUGGCGCCGUGUUUUUGGCUGCCUGCUCAAGCGGCGAUACCGAGGAGGUGCUCCGAAUGAUUGACCGGGGUGCUGACAUCAACUACGCCAAUGUAGACGGUCUGACUGCCCUCCACCAGGCGUGCAUAGAUGACAACGUGGACAUGGUGACGUUCCUGGUGGAGCAUGGGGCUGCCAUCAACCAGCCCGACAAUGAGGGCUGGAUCCCCCUCCACGCCGCAGCCUCUUGUGGGUACAUGGACAUAGCAGAGUAUCUGAUUGGCCAGGGAGCCAGUGUGGGGGUGGUGAACAGUGAGGGGGAGACACCACUGGACAUCGCUGAGGAGGAGGCCAUGGAGGAGCUCCUGAAGAAUGAGAUCAACCGACAAGGCGUGGACAUCGAGGCGGCCAGGAAGGAGGAGGAGCGGAUCAUGCUGAGGGACGCCCGGCAGUGGCUCAACAGCGGAACCAUAAACGACGUCCGACACGCCAAGUCCGGGGGGACUGCCCUCCACGUCGCCGCCGCCAAGGGAUACGCAGAAGUUUUAAAGCUUUUAAUCCAAGCAGGGUAUGAUGUAAAUAUUAAAGACUUUGACGGCUGGACMCCGCUCCACGCUGCUUCACAUUGGGGCAAAGAGGAGGCCUGCAAGAUACUGGUGGAGAACCUGUGUGACAUGGACCUUAUCAAUAAAGUGGGUCAGACGGCUUUUGAUGUUGCAGAUGAAGAUGUCCUUGGCUACUUAGAGGAAUUACAGAAAAAGCAGAAUCUGCUCAAUAGUGAAAAGAAGGAUGUUAAGAAGUCUCCCUUGAUAGAAACGACGACCACUGGGGACAACAAUCAAAAUCUAAWAUCCAUUAAGAGCAAAGAGACCCUCCUCCUGGAGCCCGAGAAGCCCGCCCCGCGCAUCGAGACCCUGGAACCGGAGAAGGUGGACGAGGAAGAGGAGGGCAAGAAGGACCAGGAGUCCAGCUGCUCCAGCGAGGAGGAAGAGGAGGAAGACUCGGAGUCUGAGACUGAAGCCGACAAGAGCAAGACGCCUGUCCCUGUGAGCAACAGUAACGGCACUACUGUGGUGCCAGCGCCGACCAGCGCUACGGUGUCUUCCACCUCCCCAACCAGCCCCACUAACCAGGUGACUCUCACCUCGCCUGUCAAGAAGCAGGUGUCCCCUGCUGGUAAGGUCUCUCCUAAAGAGGUCUCCCCUAAAGAUAAACAGCCGGCGUCGUGGCGCCUGGGGCUGAGGAAGACUGGCAGCUACGGGGCACUGGCGGAGAUCACGGCCACUAGGGCCCAGAAAGAGAAGGACACUGCCGGGGUGAUGCGCUGCGCCUCCAGCCCCCGCCUCUCCUCCUCCCUGGACAACAAGGACAAAGAGAAGGAAAAAGACAAAGGAACCAGACUUGCCUACGUUGCCCCCACCAUCCCCAGGAGACUGGCCAGUACAUCAGACAUUGACGAGAAGGAGAACAGGGACUCUGCUGCUAGUCUGGUACGUAGUGGCUCCUACACCAGGAGACGCUGGGACGAUGAGCUGAAGAACAGUGAAGGAAGCGCUUCCACCAACCGAACAACACCCAGCUAUCAGCGCAGCACGUCCCACACGCUAACGCUAGGGCGGAGCGGCAGCACGCGGGACGUGCCAGCCAAGUCCUCGUCUGCCUCCAGCUUGGACCCUAUCACCUGUAACACUAAACCCUGGCAGUCACCCACCUCCCACUACCAGUCUUGCAGCAUUUACCGCAGUGGUUCCUUUGGCAGGAGGCACGAAGACCUGGGUUCGACCACCUCUUCCUCCACUAGCACUACCACCACCACCUCGUCUGUUACCUCGCCCACCAGCCACCGUGACCGCAGCCUGCUCUCCAGCCUGGGCUCCUCCACCCGCACCGGAUCCUCCAGCCUCACCAGCAGGUACUGGGCAGAGGAAAGUGCGGAGAGGGAAAAGGAGCGGGAGAAGGAGUCUGCUGCAGUCAUCCCUACGAUUAACACUGCUUCUACCACCACCACGUCCACUACUGGCACUAUCAUUGGCUCUGACGGCAGGGAGAGACGCAGAUCGUACCUCACACCUGUCCGGGAUGAAGAGUCGGAGUCCCAGAGGAAAGCCCGCUCCAGACAGGCUCGACAGUCCAGACGGUCUACCCAGGGUGUGACUCUGACUGACCUCCAAGAGGCAGAGAAGACCAUCGGCAGGAGCCGCCCCAUACGGACCCGGGACGAGGAGAAGGAAGAGAAGGAGAAACAAGACAAGGAGAAGCAGGAGGAGAAGAAGGAGACUGGUGAAACCAAGGAGGACGACUACCGGUCGAGGUACCGCAGCUUCGAAGAGACUUACCAGCGCUACCGUCCCUCCACCACCUCGGCCACCACCCUGAGCACGGCCUCCACCCCUUCCUCCACUUCCUCCAGCUCCCUCAACAGGCCCAACAGUCUGACUGGCAUCACCACCUCCUCCAGCUCCCUCAACAGGCCCAACAGCCUGACCGGCAUCACCUCCUCUUACAGCCGCUCCUCCAGGGACACUGAGAAAGAAUCAGACAAGAAGCAGCAGGAGGAGGAGAAGGAGGGAGAGGAUAAGUCCCAGCCCCGCUCCAUACGGGAUCGCCGGCGGCCCCGUGAGAAGAGACGCUCCACCGGGGUGUCUUUCUGGACCCAAGAUGGGAGUGAUGACAAUGACCCAGACCAGUCGGCGGACUCAGAGGAAGGCAGCAUCAAGGGUGAACCUCAGAGCGACCGACUGUCCAGAAAUGAGAGCAGCACUUCCUCUUCUGACCGCUAUGACCACUUGGGUAGCCGUGGCGAGGGUCGCAGGUCAUUCUCAAGCAGGCUGGACCGAGACGAUAGCACUGACUACAAGAAGCUUUAUGAGCAGAUCCUAGCUGAGAAUGAGAAGCUGAAGGCCCAGUUACGUGACACAGACCUGCAGCUGAAUGACUUGAAGCUUCAGCUGGAGAAAGCCACACAGAGGCAGGAGCGCUUUGCUGACCGKUCGCAGCUUGAGAUGGAGAAAAGGCGCACACACCUCUAUCCACGCCACUCACCCCCUUUCCAUUUCUGUACCUUUGUGUGUCUCCCUCAGAGGUAAAUGGAAUUAUCGCUUUACAGAACAGGUGGACUUGGUGGAAUUUAAGCUUUCACUGUAUGUGCAAUAUGCAUUUAUUUCUAAUAAAAAUGCUUUAAUGAUGAGUCCAUCACUAGUAGGAUUUUCACUCCUCUUCCAUCUUUCCAUCGCUCACCCCUUUCACUGACCCUCUCCCCCCCUCUUUUCUUUAAGGUUGUAGUGUAGUUUCUACUCUGUAUUUCUCACUUCGUUUUAGCAGGUACUGAGUGAUGCUGUAUAUACCUGUAUGUAUCGUUUGAGACCAGCACAUGGCAUGCAUUUAUGAUUCCCGUCUGUUACUAUUAAAAAUAUACAAACUCCAGAGGACAAAAAAAGUGUGUUUAACUAUUUUCUUCAUUUAUAGUCUGAAGACAUUGGAUUACAAUAGGGCCUCUCUCUUAAAGGGAAUGGCUGGCAGUGUUCCGUGCUUUUUCUUUCCAGUUUUAAGUGUUCACGGUAUUUAAGAUACGAAUAAUAUAAUUGCUUCUACAUUUCACACAUUGUAUUCAGUAUCUUUGGAUGAGUGCUGUUCAUUUUUUUUCUCCGUUUUUUUUAAGCCGUAGUAUUAGCCAAGGUGUUGUCACAAAAAUAUCUUAGGUAUUGCUAACCCAGUCCUUUUUACAAUGUCUACAUGCACUGUCAAUGCCAUGUGAGGAGUAUUUGAUGUCAGCCACCAUCAAAUAAAGUCCCUCCAUCAAACACAUUUUAUGCAUUUCAGUGGCCUUUUUAAGGAUACUGUAGCAAAGAAAACAAGUUGCUGUAGUUGGACUGUUGGCCAUCUCCUCUUUUGGUUUACAUUUUUUCUGUUUUUCCUUUUUAAAUUUCCCAUCUUGUAAAAUAGGCGUGUGGCUUCAUACAUGCGAGCUGUGCUGUGACUACCAACCACUGAAGAGUUCAUUAAAAAUAAACUUGUACAUUGUAAA